AUGAUUACCAUCGAUAAUCAACAUGUGUAUGAUGAACAAGAACAGACAUUACAACGACAAAAUAUUGAAUUACAUGAUCGUGUAAAACGAUUUGAGUGGCAAUUAGAAGUAUUAAAACAAGAUCAACCAAAAGAUCAUGAUAAAGAAUUAAUUAAACGAGCUUUAGCUAAACAAGCAAGUAAAGAUGCUGUUGAAUAUCAAAAAUUAUUAAAACACAAAAAUCAAGAAAUUGAACAAUUAAAUAUUCGACUUGAACAAUUAUCCAAAUCCAAUCUUUUUGAAUCAGCUCUACGUCAGGCAAAUAUAGAAAAAUUAUAUCUUGAACGACGUCUUUUAGCUUCAACAAUAACGUCAUCAUCAUCGUCAUCAUCAUCAUCAUCAUUAUUAUCGUUGAACUCGAGAACAAAUGGACGCCCUUCGACUGCUCAUAAUUCUUCAAAUAUUAAUGAACCACAACCUUAUAUAACACCAACAAGUACACGUUCAAGAACCGAUUCUUCCACAACACAUUCUAUUGAUCCCUUUCAUUAUCAAGCAUUACAAGAUACAAAUGAAGCACUAAAAAGUGAAGUACAUCGUCUAGCACGCUCUGAUGAAGAUAAUACUGAAAAGCUCAAAUUACAGCUUCAAAAAUAUGCUGAAUUUGAGGAAGCAUAUAAACAACUUCAAGAUAAAUAUACACAUCUAAUUGAUGUUGAAGAACAUUUUAAUGAAUUACAAACAAUAUAUAAAAAUGAAAAAUUAUCAAAUGAAUAUUGUUUACGGGAAAAUGAACAAUUAAAAAAUCAAAAUGAACAUUUACUAAAUGAAUUAGCACGUCUAACACAAGUUGAAACACGUGAUCGUACACGGUCAAUUGAACAAACUGAUUUACGUCGUCAAUGUGAUGAUUUAUUAAUACAAUAUAAUGAAUUAAAAUUAAAUUAUAAUGAAUUAAAAGAAAAAUAUCAAGAAAAUCAAAUUAGUUAUGAAAAUGAUAUAAAACAUCUUAAUGAUGAAAAUUUAAAAUUUCGUUUAGAAAAUGAACAAUUACAUGCUGCUAAUGAUUUAUUACGUGAUGAAAGAAAUCAAAUGAAAGAAUCACAUGAAACAAUAUUAAAAAAACGUUUAGAUGAAAUAAAAUAUCUUCAAAUUGAAAAUCGUGAUUUACAAAUAAUAAGACAAAAAUAUAAUGAAGAACGAGAAACAUUUCAAGCAAUUGAUUUAAGAAAAACACAAUUAGAAAAUGAUCUUUUAACAAUGAAUGCUGUCGAAGAUCGUUGUCAAGACUUACAAACAACUGUUGAACGAUUGGAAUCAGAAGUUCAAUAUAGUCAAAAAAAAUUGGACGAUCAUGCAAUGGCACUAACAAAUCUGAAUAAGGAAAAUGCUCGCCUUAUCAAAGAGCUCGAGAGUGCUUCAAUGCUAAACACGCAAAUGCGCGCUGAAAUUAGCAAUGCAACAAAUACUAAUGAACGGUUAACACAAGACUGUGAUCGAUAUCGAACAAAUUUGCUAACAAAAUCUGAUGAAUAUGAUAUAAAACGACGUGAAAAUGAACAAUAUAUUAAUAAAGUUCAUGAAUUAGAAUCAAUUAUUAAAUCUCUUCGUGAUACAAGUGAUUUACAUAAACAACUAAAUGUUGAAAAUGAAGUUAAUAAAUUAGAAUUAAAAAGAAAACAAGAUGAUUUUGAACAAUUUCAAAAAAUGCAUGAUACAACAAAACAAGAAAAUCAAGAAACAAUUCAUUUACUUGAAGAAAAAAUUCAUGAUCUUGAACGUAAAACUGAAUUACAAUCAUUAAAACAUGAAGAAAUUCUUCUAGAAUUUGAAUCAUUAAAAGCACGACGUGAUCGAAUAUUACCAUCAUCAACUGGUACAAUACUUUCAAAUAAUCAUCCAAAUAUAUUUCCAUUAAUACAUCAUUGGCCAAUGCCAACAAUGGUUGAUUCUCAAACAUCACCAACUGAUGAUAAUAUUCCUCCACUACCAUCACCAUCAAUUCAACAACGACCAUUAUUAAAAUCAACUGGUAGUCAAUCUAUAACAGCUAAUGAAAAUCAAGAAAUAAAAAUAAAAUCUCUUCCAAAUAAUCAAACAGCUCAAAUAGUUGUAGCAAAAUAUUCUUAUGAACCAUUACAAUGUUCCCCAAAUGAUCAUCCAGAAGUUGAAUUACCAUUAAAUGUUGGAGAAUAUUAUCUUAUUUAUGGUGAUGUUGAUGAAGAUGGAUUUUAUGAUGGAAGAAAUUUAGAAGGUCGUUAUGGUUUAAUACCAUCAAAUUUUAUUGAAAAAAUAACAAAUUCAAAUGAUUUACCUGAAACAGUUCGACAUAUAAUUCAACGAUUAACUGGAAAAAUAUUUUCCGAAGAAACAAUGACAUCUCAUUGUGAACAAACUCCAAGUAUUGAUUCUGAUGUAUUUCCUUCAAAUACAUUAAUCAAUACUCCAACAACAUAUCGAAAACAAAUAACACCAAUACAAAAUGGAAAUCCAUUAGAUAUUUCAACAACAACUAAUAGUCUUACAUUUGGUAAACAUGUUCCUUAUCCAACAAAUCUUCGUGUUGAAAAAUAUUUAACAAAUAGUAUAUUAAUUGCAUGGAAUUCUCCAUCAACAACAAUACAAAUUCUUGGUUAUCAAGUAUUACUUGAUCAUUCAUUAUAUACAACAAUACGUGCUAAUGAACGUACACGUGCAUUAAUUGAAAAUAUAAAUUUAAAUGAAAAAUUUCAUCGUAUAAGUAUACGUACAAUAAGUCAACAUGGUUUAUCACGUGAUCAAGAAUGUACUUUAUUAUUAACAAUGUCCGGUACAAAUGGAAAUUUAAAUGAUUUAUCAUAUGCCCCAAGUGAUUUACGUGUUGAUAGAAUAAAUCAAACAUCAGCUGUUGUUUCAUGGUGGCCAGCAUCAAAUGAUAUUGUACAUAAAUUAUUUGUUAAUGAUAUUGAAGUUCAAACACUUAAAGCUGGUGUUUAUCGUUUUAAAUUAUCUGGUUUAUUACCAAAUACAAUACAUAAAGUAACAAUUAAAGCUAAACCAAAUAAUAUAAUAAAUACACAACAAUCAUUAGCAACUUCAAUUGAAUUUUGUACAACAUCAUUUGAUGAAUCAAUUGAACCACCUAAACGUGUACAAGCUAUAGCUGGUCCACAAUCGAAUACUUUACUUGUAUCAUGGGAACAACCAUUAUCGACAACAACAACAGCUCGUGGUUAUCGAGUUCUUGUUGAUGGACGACAAAUACAAGAUAUAAUUAAUCCAUUAAAUGAUCAUACUGUUAUUAAUAUGAAUUCAUUACAUCAAGGAAGAUUUUUAACAGUUCGUACAUUAACAGAAAAUGAUGGUGAAUCACAUGAUUCAAUUCCAAUAGAUCUUGAUGAAAUAUUAAAAAAAUUGGAUGUGGAUAUUCCAUCGAUAACAGUACCUGUUCUUUUAGAAGAAACAUUUGAUAAAGAAUCUAUACCACUUACUGCAUCAUCUUCAUUAACAUUAAGAACAACAUCAGAUGAUGAACUAACAAAUGCUGAACAACAACAACUAUUUCCAACUCCGCCUGCUAUUAUAGAAACUCCACAAAAGUCAUCUACUCGUUCACAAGAAAUAUCUUCACCAUCUACAACUUCAAUAUCGUCAGUAAAACAAUCUUCUACAAAUAUUUCACAAGCACCACCAAAUAUUCUUCCACCAUCACCAAUAAAAUCUACAACAACUAGUCCUGAUAAAAUCCGUCCAAUAACAAAAACUUCAACACGACCAAUUGGAAUACCACCAAUACAAUCUCCAUUAAAAUCUUCAUCAACAACAUCAUCAGUUAAUACUGAUGUACCACAAAUUGAAAUUAAUUCUCCAAGUCCAAAUAGUUCUGGAAUAGCAACAACAACAACAACAACAACAAACGCAAUAGCGAAAUCAAAACUUGAUAAUCGUGAUCAUUAUGAACAACCACCACAACGUUUUGGUUAUGAUGCUUAUAUAAAACAAUCUGAUGAUUCAACAUCACAUAUUAAAUCUAGUAAUACGCAAAGAAAAACAUCAAAAGCAUCAACAACUAUGUCACCAAUUAAACAACGUGAUCAUUCAGAUUCAAGACGAACAACAACAGCUACACCAAUGAAUGGUAAUUUAAAUAUGAAUAAAACAAAAAUCUCAUCACCACGUCAUGCAUCAACAUCAUCCGAAGAACAGCAUGUUGCACCGCCAACACCAAUGAAAACUGUUAAAUUAAAAGAACAAAUUCCAACACAACCACUUUCAUCAGUCAAUAGUCAUUUAUAUAAUAAAACAAAUAAUCCACCACGUUUAUUUAUUGCUUUAUUUGAUUAUGAUCCAAAUGCUAUGUCACCUAAUAAAGAUAAUGAAGAAGAACUACCAUUUAAAGAAGGACAAUUAAUUCGAAUUUAUGGUGAUCAAGAUGCUGAUGGUUUUUAUGUAGGUCAAACAGAAAAUGGUCGUACUGGUUAUGUUCCAAGUAACAUGGUAUCAGAAAUUCAACUUGAUGAUGCUGAAAUUGAGGCACAUUUGCUUGCGGGCACAAUAAAUCUAGAAAAUCCCAAUCGCGUGCCACCAACAACAACAGCAACAACGACAACAAAACGAAUAUUAUCUGGAACAAAUUCAUCAAAUAUUAAAUCAUCGGCACAAUCAGUCAAAAAAAUGGUUGCUAUGUUUGAUUAUAAUCCACGUGAGAAUUCUCCAAAUAUUAAUCCUGAUGAAGAAUUAUCAUUUCGUACGGGUGAUAUUAUUUAUGUACAAGGAAAUGUACAUGAUGAUGGAUUUUAUUUUGGUGAAUUAGAAAAUGGAACAAAAGGUCUUGUACCAUCAAAUUUUCUUAAAGAAGUAUCAUUAAUAAAUACAGAUGAAAAUAUUAUUCAACAAGAUAAUGAACAAAUGAUUACAAAUGAAAAUAAAAAAACAUCUUAUCGUCGCGGUCCUCAUCAAGUAUAA